AAUUAUAUUCCCUUAAUCAGCAACCACUGAGAGAAAAAGUGAAGCAGAGAGUGUUGCAGAGAACAGAGUAAUACCCAUAAUAAAUUUCACAACCUCCUAGCAAACCCACCACCACCACCCAUUUCCCCCAAUUUCACACUCCAACCCUAGAAAUAAAAAACCCCCCAAAAGAAGAAUCACUAAAUGGGUUCAAUCCAAAAACCCUAGAAACUCCAAAGCAAAACAGACAAAUCACAAAGAGUUUCAGCUCAAACCCAGAUCGAGAAUGGCCUCAAUUUCAACUUCCAGGUACUUCGCAGCCCUUUCUCUACUCAUUCUCUUUUUCAAAACCGUAUCUUCAGACUCCAAUUCGACCUUUGAUUUCAAAAAUUUCGCUGAAAAUUCCAAGUUUGAGCUCCAACUUGCUCUGUAUGGCGAUGCCAAGGUCGUCAAUGGCGGUUCGUUCGUACAAAUUACUGGGUCGUCCUCGUCGAGCUUGAGUGCUGGGCGAGUCUUUUACAGGAAACCCAUCAAGCUUGUUGAUGGAAACCCUAGAGAAAUUGUGUCCUUUUCGACUUAUUUCUCGUUUUCAAUUUCGCCUGAAAGUGGGGAUGGUUUAGCUUUUGAUAUGGUUCCAAUUGGGUUUCCUUUGAAUGUCUUUGAUAAUGGUUCAUUUGGGUUGUUGGAUGAUCAAAAAUUUAGGACUCUUGUUGUUGAAUUUGAUACAUUGAUGGAUAACAAGUAUGGUGAUUUGAAUGCCAAUCAUGUUGGGAUUGAUAUUGACGGUCUUGUUUCACUUAAAGUGAGCAAUGUUUCUUCUAUCAAUUUGGUGCUGAAUAGUGGUGAGAAAUUGCAAAGUUGGAUAGAUUACGAAGCGGGCUCAAAGCGAUUAGAAGUUAGGUUGAGUAAACUAGGCGAAUUUAGGCCGGUUGUCCCAUUGAUUUCAUUCCCAAUUGACUUGUCAUUGAUGUGGAAAGAGCAAGAGGUGUUUGUGGGGUUAAGCUCAUCGAAUGUGAAUUCGUCGCAAACUUGCAAUGUGUAUUCAUGGAGUUUUAGGCUAAGGCAAGUUCCGCAUUGGAUGCAUUCGCAACCUGUGGAUCCUAUGGCUUUCAACAACAAAACAAGAACUCUAACUGUCUGUAAGAGACGCUAUUGUCUUUCAAAAAUCCUUGCUGCACUGAUAUUUGUCAUUGCUUGUGGAGCCCUAGGGGCAUUCGUUGUGUUGUUUGUUUGGACCUUACUUGUCAAUAGGCGGCCAGUGGUGCCAGAAGAGUGUACUGCACAGCCUGUGGGAUUUGAAUAUGAAAAGUUCAAAGUAGUUGCGGAUAAAGCCAUCGAAGAUGGUAAGAAGUAGGUGUGUGACCUAGGGUUUAGUUUGAUGUUUUGCCGAUGUAAAUUUAUUUUCUUUUGGUACUUGUUUGUUUAGUGUUUGUUUUGUUGCUGUAAUUUGAUGAUCAAUCAUCUAAAUGUAGUUCUGUUAAAUACUAUUUCCUAAUGUUAUGAUCAUUGAGAUACAGCUUCAAAUUGAGGAUAUGAAAACUCUCUUUGAUAAAUAAUGGGUAUAUGGAAUGUUGUCUUGCUAGA